CGCUCUUGCAGUCUCCAGACUUGUUUUAAGAUGUCAACCCUUCGUGCCAGCGUCGAGCAUGUGGCUGCAGCUUACCGUUUGCGUUGGAAACAAAUGAGUGAUCUGCAGCAGAAGAUCAAGGGCUUCCAAAUGAACACGUCCUAUUACAAUCAGCUCGGUCUGUUGUAUCAUGAUAUCAUGCAGCAUUCACCUGUGGUAGCCGAAGCGGUUCGCCGCCUACCCCGAGAGGAGACAGAGGCACGUGAUUUCCGCAUUGCUCGCGCGUUCCAACUAUCAGCAACUAAAACCGUGCUCCCUAAAGAACAAUGGACUACCGUUGAAAAUGAUAUUCCUUAUCUGGACCCGUACAUCGAGGUUACUUUGAAAGAAUGGCGCGACAAGUCCGAAUGGGAUAACUUUGUAAACCCCGAACAGUAUACAUAAUUACAGACGGCAACUUUCAUGUCUUGUCAGCAACUAGAUAGCCAAAUAUAACUUUGUGCAAGUGUUUUUUUGUUUCACACAACUUUCAUCCAAGGUUGUCCUUCAAGGUUUGCAGGUUCCAUUUACCAGUUGUGUUCGUUGUGUUUCAGAUAUAAUGGCGAUCAAGGCAAUCCACGCCCGACAAAUCUUUGACAGUCGAGGCAACCCAACGGUGGAAGUUGAUCUGACAACCGACAAAGGUUUGUUUCGGGCCGCUGUUCCUAGCGGAGCCUCUACCGGAGUUCAUGAAGCCUUGGAACUUCGCGAUGGUGGCAAAGUUUACAUGGGCAAAGGAGUGACGAAAGCAGUCGAAAAUGUUAACAAAAUCAUCGCGCCUGCUCUUCUGAAAUGCGGUAUUAGCGUAGAAAACCAAGGCGAGAUAGAUAAGAUCAUGCUGCAGCUGGACGGCACUGCUAACAAAGAGAAACUUGGUGCGAACGCCAUCCUCGGGGUAUCUCUUGCUGUUUGUAAAGCCGGGGCUGCUCAACGAAAUUUACCGCUUUACCGCCAUAUUGCUAGUUUGGCUGGAAACAACGAUGUCAUCCUACCCGUCCCCGCUUUCAAUGUGAUCAACGGUGGGAGUCACGCCGGCAAUAAAUUGGCCAUGCAAGAGUUCAUGAUCAUGCCAACGGGUGCGACCUCAUUCAAGGAGGCCAUGCAAAUGGGUAGUGAGGUAUACCACAACUUGAAGUCCGUUAUCAAAGCCAAGUACGGACUGGACGCCUGCAACGUUGGAGACGAGGGUGGUUUUGCACCAAACAUCCAAGACAAUAUGGAAGGUUUGCAACUUCUUAGCGAAGCAAUCGCUAAGGCUGGUUACACUGGCAAGGUUAAAAUCGCCAUGGAUUCUGCUGCAUCUGAGUUCCACAAAAACGGCAAAUACGAUCUGGACUUCAAAAAUCCAAACUCGCCUCCGAACACCUGGAUUUCGUCGGACGCAUUGGGUGAUGUCUACAAAAGUAUGAUAGGCAAAUACCCCAUUGUGAGCAUUGAGGAUCCUUUCGACCAGGAUGACUGGGGAGCUUUCGCUAAGCUCACAGGUGAAACAAGUAUUCAGAUUGUUGGGGAUGAUUUGACCGUUACCAAUCCGGUUCGCGUGCAGGAGGCUAUCAACAAAAAGGCCUGUAAUUGCCUGUUGUUGAAGGUCAACCAGAUUGGGUCUGUGUCUGAGUCUAUCCAGGCUUGCAAGAUGGCUCAAGGUGCGGGCUGGGGUGUCAUGGUCUCUCACAGAUCCGGGGAAACCGAAGACAACUUCAUCGCCGAUCUCGUUGUUGGUCUUCGAACGGGUCAGAUCAAGACUGGUGCUCCAUGCCGCUCGGAACGUCUUUCUAAGUACAAUCAGCUUCUCCGUAUCGAGGAGGAUCUCGGGUCUUCGGCCAAAUAUGCCGGAGAGAAAUUCCGCAAACCCUAAUCUGAUUAAAAUUGAACUGGUACUCGUGUUAUCAUCCAUACUAGUCAAUGGUUUGGCAUUUCUCGCACUCGUGUCCCUUACUUUAGCUGCUGUUCUCUUUUCCUAAAUAAAUUGUCAGUCUUGGCAGCUUCUUCACCUCUCAGUGUGGUUUUGAUGCCUGAAGAGCCAUUAUAAAGGUGGAAUCAGAG